AUGGUACCAAGUGUGAGGAUCCUGGCUUUGGAUGUGCGUUGUGGAGUCUGCAGUUAUGCCAAGAUGAUCCCGGCUGUCCUCAGAUGCUUUCCGAAUGUUGAGACACUCCACAUCAUGGUGAAGCCCCUGUCUGGAGAAACUGGUCAACCCUCUGGCAAGCACAACCUUGAGUUCUUGAAUGAGUCUGGUACCAUAAAAUGCAUCCGCUCGUGCAUCAAACUGCUGGUUUUCCAUGAUUUCCGAGGGGAUCGAAGUGAGCUUGCUUUCCUCAAGUUUUUCUUUAAGAGUGCGUUGGUGCUGGAGGAGGCGUUGAUAGUGAUGGCAAAUGGAAGUUUCACUUUGAUGGAGGAUAUGCUUUCCAAAGUGAAGCCUCUGGGAUCCAUGAAACGGGCCAGUUCAGACUCCACAAUCACUAUUAACCCCCAAGGAGGUAGCAUUUGGAACUUUAAGAAAGCAUCCGACUUUUCUCUUUGCGACCCUUUCGCGAACGACUGA